GAACGUUCGCUUGCCAAGCAAAAUGGGGAGAAUACUCUUAGUCACGGCAACCCUACUUCUCCUGCUGCAUAUUGUAGCAACAGUUAAAAUUGGUAUAUCAAAAGUUAAUAUUGACAUUACCAGCACAACAACAACUUCAACAACAGCACUAACGCCAACUGAUUAUACAGAUACAGCAACAACAGCAACAACAACAUAUAUACAAGAAAUCUCUGCCACAAGUGAUGUAACAGAAACGGAUGUGGAAAGCACAACUGCCCCCAAAACAACAACGACAACAACUAUAUACCCCAACUUCACCAUCGCUAUAUUUCCACCACGUCUACGCACUACGAAAUCACCAAAAAUUCCAACGACAACAACAAAAACAACCACAGCAGCAACAAUUUCAACACAAUCACCACCACCAACGAGCACCGAAGCCGUUAACACAACAACAAACUCUUCACCUAAUCCCGGUGAUGCAAAUACCUUUGGUGAAGCCACAAAUUCUGGUGUUUAUUAUUGUGAUUGUGAUUUAUUGUUGGAUGCAUGUGAUGUACAUUGUUGUUGUGAUAGAGAUUGUAUGCCAGAAGCAUUGAAUAUCUUCAAUUGUAAAAUUCGCAACAUGAAGCCGCAAUUAAGAAGCCGUUUAGAGGACUUUCAAUAUCAGCAUGGUCUGCCGUCGUGUAAAGUGAACGAUGGUUGGUUGUGCGUGUUUCGGACGAAUACGCGAAAGGAGCGGCAGAAGGCACCUGAAAUCGACUUGGAUACAAAUCACUAUUUCAAAUGGUCUACACCCGUCUGGGACAUGGAUGGUGAACAACAUUUAGCUGAUGAUUUGGGUCACUACAAAUACAAUCAACCUUUGCAAUUUUUGAAUAUGAAAACAAUGACAUUAAAAGAAUUUAAUCUUCCGAAUACUUUUCAACCGCCACACUGUCAAAUUAAAGAAACUGUCAAAUUCUUAAAAUCCUACCAAACCAAUUGUUUAUUAAACUCAAUUGAGGAAGUGCAAUUAAAUACGGAAAAUACAUUAAAAUUCAUACAAAAUAAUAAAUUACUUUUGAAACCCAUAAACGAGGCCAGCGAACCUGAGCAAAUAACCAAUGUGUUGAGUGAAUUCAAACUCAAAAUAUGUACUAAAGAAUUGUGUGAAAUUGUGCCACUCAACAACAAUAGCGCCGUCGAGCAACGCCUGAAAACACACUACACUACCGAAAUUAAAUUUAUAUUACUACACAACUACACACAACUUUUGGGUGGUUUAGUGGUGUUCGGUGGUAGUGUAAGUAACAGACUCAAGGAUAACGAGGAAUUAUGGCAAACCUACCAAUUGGAAUAUAUUUAUAAAAACACAACAAUAAUGCAGAGCGACGAGGAAUCAAAUGCGACAAGCUACAGCAAUGAACAUGCAACAAAGCUCAACUCCGGUCCACUGGGUUACCUGCAAGGCAAGCCUAUAAUUAUAGCACGUUUUAUAGCAAACAAUAAAAGUGAAACAAUAUCACACACAAAUCAAGUUUUGGAUUAUUUUCACGUGAACCAUACAAAAACCCCCGUAAAUCACACAAUUUCACUAUUCACAACACAACGUGAAUAUUGCAAGCACGAAACUGCCACACAAGCGAAUGUGAUUAGUUAUGGCAUAAGUACUUUGAAACAAUGUCAGCUGCGUUUCAGCAGAGAGCGUAUAUCGAAAAUUUCACAAAACGUACGCAAUUUCACUGAAAUUUGUAUACAAUUACAAACUGAAAUUACACGGCAAUUUUUCAGCGCAAAUAUUUUUCAAUUUGGUGUGAAUUUCCCCGAAUUAUUUGUCUCUCGUUUGGGUCGACCUGAGAAUCGUAGCGACCAGUGGACGCCACUAAAAGUAGAAAAUCAAAAUUUCCCACCCAUUAGUGGUGAAUUUAAUGCACACACGCAAAGUUUCAGCUGUCGCAAUAUGUUAUUAAAUAUCGCCUACGAAUUCCUAGUGGGUCACUUCACCGAAGCGGGCAUAACGCAACAAGCAAUGGUUAAACAGGCAACAUUGUUGUUUGGCGAACGUAAUGAUUUGGAGUUUGAACUGGAUGAAGUCAUCGAGGUGCCACUAAUGGUGUCCGUAAUGUUCUUUGAUUAUGCCAAAGACGUUUACAGCUCGGGGAUCUCGCAUUGUUAUGCCGCUUUAAUAUGGAUUAUUUUAGUGAUAAAUUUUAUGCUUUUUCCCAUAAACUAACGUGUUCGUAUAAAUAAACUGAACAUAGUUUAGAAUUUA